GAUGUACUUUCACUCUGUUGCCAACAUGUCUGAAGAGACAGUUCUGCUUGCUGCAGUUUCAUUGCUGUUUGCCUGUCAGCAAGCUUACUUUGCCAACCUGGUAGGAAAAUGCAGAAUUAAAUACAAGGUCAUUCCUCCUGCAGUAACAGGUUCUCCAGAAUUUGAGAGAACCCUCAGAGCACAACAGAACUGUAUUGAGUUCUCUGCAAUAUUCCUGAUUGACCUUUGGACUGCGGGCUUGUUCUGCAACCAAGAGUUAGCUGCUUUGUUUGGCUUGUUAUACAUUUAUGGAAGACGUAUAUAUUUUUACGGCUACGUGGAGUCAGCCAAAGGAAGGUUGAAAGGAUUUUCGCUGUGUAAAACAUCAUUGAUUUUACUACUGGUUCUGGCGUUAACUGGGAUUACAAACAGUCUCUUUGAGAAGUAUUUUCACCUAAACCUACUGAAAAAACUAUUCUAAGAAUAACGCAACCGAACGAAUGACUUCCUACAUUUAAUUAUCUUACAAUAUAUGUUUAAUUUUCCUUUAUCAAUAUUUGUGGUCAUA